CACCGACGAGGCUGCCACCAUUAGUGCUACGACAUACUGUUUCGGUCACGUUUUGAACGCUUUACGCAAUGAGGGGUCGGUUCAGAUCGUGAGAAAUGGUCACUGCCUCAGAACAGAACGUUCCUGAUUUCUUCAACUUUCAUCACUCCACAUCUUGCAUUGCGUCUCAAAUUUCGUGGUGUUCUGUUCGUUGUCUGAUUUCUUUUGUCGCUUUAAUUUUUCUCACCUGCCAAUUGUAUGAGGUGCACGGUUUACGCUCUUCCAGCAUUACAUAACCACACAGAAAGCAGAGAAGCGCCAAAAGGCGUUGGAUGGGCAUCUGGUGGUAGGAAUUCUGCAUAAAGAAAUGGAUAAAGCAGUUACGAAAGCUUGUAGAGGGUGCUGAGGUCUAACACAUGAGGUACACAUCAACACUGUUCCAACGAAAUUGUGUAUGCAAGAGAUCAGGACACGGCAGAACACGACGCUGCAGCGAACUAAUGCAGUUGGGUUCUACAAGCCUCGUCCUCCCCAGCACCAUCAUCUUCUACUAUGCCGACAAGCAAACAUACCUCAUGGAUAAUAAUGGCACAGUUCCUCUGUCGACAAGGCUUCAAGUGUUAUGUU